UGAAGACAAAACCUAUGUCCUAUCGUUGAUAACUUUAUCUCAUUUCUCCACCAUACAACUCACCCCCUUCCUAAUUUCCAACCAAAACAUAUUUCUAACCAAUAUUUCUUUAUCUUUCAACUUAUGAAGAAAAUAAAACAUGUACCUUAUUCACCAAUAACCACUCACAAACAUUAUUAAAUUUCUUUAUUAACAGAACAAAAAUGUUAGCAUCUGCUAGCUUACGUUGUGGAGGACUAACAUGCUCAAAUGUUCAACAACCAACAAGGAACAAUUUCAUAGCUGAAAAACAGAACAACACAAUAAGAUUGUUUGUGGAUUGGAGAGGAAAACAAUGUAACAGUAACAAAACUAAAAGGGUAGUGAGGUGCAGUAGUGGAAUUGGGUUAGGUGACUUCAUUGGAGGAGAUUUGGUUAAACUUGAUAUUGGACGUUGGCUUUCAGAUGUUGAAGAACAUAAAGCACUUGCUAUAUAUACUCCUCAUGAAGGAGGGUAUGAAGGUCGUUACUUAUCUCGUCUUCAACGUCAGGGGUACUAUUUUCUCGACCUUACUGCUCGUGGUCUCGGUGAUCCCGAAACCACUCUUACCAAAGUUCACCCUGUUUGUCCUGCUCAUUUAGGAAAGCAACCAAUAGCAAGGUGGUAUUUCCCACCAGAAGUUGAUUACAGAUUGGAAGCAUUGCCGCCAAAUGCCAAAGGACUAGUGGUUUGGAUCAUUGAAGCCAAGGUUCUCUCAAAGGCAGAACUGCAAUUCCUUGCUCUACUGCCUACACUAAGGCCUAAUGUGAGGGUCAUUGCUGAAUGUGGAAAUUGGAGAAAGUUUACAUGGACUCCACUAAAAGAAAUUGCUGGACUAACCACUUAGUCAAGAAGCUUGAUGAUGAUGCUACUUAUCAUUUCUGAUUUUCCAACCCUCAACAACCAAGUAGGAACAUUUUCAUCUUUCUUCAAGCUUGAAGAUCCAUAUAUGAUUAAGGAAGUUCAUUGUAAAUAAUUAGAUCUGCUGCCACAACCAUGAAUGAUAUAUAUGUACAUUCUCAAGGUUUAAUUUUGUUAAGCUAUAAAAAAAUUCAUCAAAAGAUUAUAUUUAGGAAA